AUGCAGGAGCUGGCCAAAUUCCGCCAAAAUCUCUUGUCAGACACUCUCACAAAGGAACAUGCAGAGGAGAUCAAGCAUCAAGUAGUUACCAUGAUCGACUGGGGAAACCGCCAGCUGGGAUUGGACCUAGUUCCAAGAGUCCACUACCAACAAGCUGACCCAGAUAAAGUGAGUGUGGUGGAAAUGUUCCGGAUCCACGAACGGAGUGUACAGAACUGCAGAGCAGCUUGGCCAGAUGGCAUUGUGAGAGUCAAGGCCAGGGAGAAGCAGGAAGAAGCCAUCCAUCAUCUGCUGGUCAAUGUCUAUUCUUUUGCUUGCAACAUUGGUGAUCCCGCUGAAGUGUUGAUGUCUCUCUAUGAUAACAGAGAUGGCAAGUUUCUCAGUGAGAAAUUUGUUAUGCUGUUCACACGGGAUGGACAAAAAGAAAGUGGAGACAAAACCAUUUUUAGUACCAUUUUUACAGAUCUAAGUUCAGACGAUAUUAAAAAAGAUCUCUACCUGGUACUGCAGAUUUUUAGGAAAGGCAGCAACAAGAAAGGGACCAAUAUACAAUAUAGACUACCUUAUGGAGUUUCAGUGCUCAGUCUAAGAGACCUGUACCAGAUCAGUACAGAGUUAGAAUAUUUCCUCAGAGUUCAAAGUGUAGACAGAGAACCUUUCAGCACAUUACACGAGAAUCUGAUAAAAAGACAGACAAAUUUGGUAGGCAGGACAUCAGCAACAGACAGACACAAUCAGGAAAUUAUGCUGUCGUUAAAAAUCUUGCAUGGAGACAUAAAAACUGUCAGAGUUGAGAACCCUAUUCUGUUUAGCCGAGGAGCGGUCUUGACUCAACGGAUCGGUUUUUCAGACUUCAUCAAUCCAGGAGAGAUCAGGAAUGAUCUUUAUUUGACUCUACACGGGGCCGAGUUUGAGAAGGGAACUAAAAGAGCUCCCAAGAAUGUGGAAGUUCACCUGGCAGUAUACAAUGAUAAAUAUGAAUUGAUAAAGGACUGUGUACUUGCUGCCAAUGGGGAGAACUUGAAGUCCAGCUUCAGUUCAUAUGUUCUGUAUCAUAACAACAAACCAGAGUGGAAUGAAACCAUUCGGUUAUCAGUGCCGAUAGAAAAGUUCAACAUGUCCCACAUCAGACUAGACAUUUAUCAUUGCUCAGAUCAAAAGAAAAUCAAGAAGCUGUAUGGGUUUGCUUAUCUGUCUGUGACCACUAAGGAAAACACUACACGACUGGACGGCAAAUAUGAUCUCUGUAUAUAUAGGUGUGACAGUGUUGCUAAAAUAAAGAAUUACCUGAGAAUCCCAUCGAGAAGAGAUGAAUUCAUUGACUACACUUUACCGGAAACAAACAGUAAAACAUACCCACACUCAAACAAGGAGUACAUCACCAUAGAGACUUUGCUUUGUUCUACCAAGUUUGCACAGAAAGCUGAGCUGUUGAGCGUCCUCCAGUGGGCAUCAAACCCCGACCUUGCCAAGACUAUUCCACAACACCUAGAGCAGCUGUUGACACUGAAGGGACAGGAGCUUAUUCGGUACCUACAAGAUAUACUGGAUGCCUUAUUUAAUAUGCUGACAUCUGGAGAGGGCCAGCCUGUCUCUUUUGCUGCCAACAUCUUUGAUGCACUGGUUCGGAUCUUCAGCCUCCUCCAUGAAGAGAUGUUUGAGAAAUUUUCCUUUGUCCUCGAAGACUACUUAGAGAAGUCUUUCUCAUCUCCACUUGCCCACAGGGAGUUAAUACAGUGUCUCCAGACUCAAGUGGAGAAAUUCUACACCACAGGCAGCAGUGAACUGCCCAGCAAGAGAGUGUUCAAGGUGCUGGGUGAUAUUUUCAAGUUUUCUGUCAAGUCUUGUAUGUUGUCUCAGAGAAUAUAUGGGGCCAGUUCUGUGAUAGAGUUCAGGGAUAAUAUCACCAAGGUGUUUGAGACGUUUGGAAAAGUUCUUCAGUCUCAGGAGAUUGGGUUACAAAAAGCCCAGAGACAGCUACUGAAGAACCUGCACAAGGUGUACAUCCCUCUGUACUUUGUGAUCUCCAACAGUGAGCUGGGCCAGCUAGUUGUCUACAUCCUGCAGAGAAUCAACACCAAGCCAGGCUGGCCUGUCAUCAAGGCCAAGACGGUUUUUAUCAAAAACACCGUCAACUCACAGUUGCUUUUAGAUUCUUCAUCAAGAAGUCUGUUGCUGCCCCUGAUCUUGGGCCAUCUGAAGAAGUGCCUGAUCAUGCAGUACAACCUGGAGCUGACUGCCAGCACUUUAGGUGACCUGCUGAGUACAGUGUACAAACUGACAGAGACCUGUGAUGUCAAGGAGGAAGUGACCAAGAUCGUCCAGGGCUUGUUUGAUGUGAUAGUCAAGACUCUGGAGACACUGAGUGGUAGCAAGAGGAGGCUGUGUGGGAAUCUGCUGGUGGCCUGUCUGACAGAGAUGCUUCGCCUCAUGGAUGCCCAGCACUACCAGAAGCUCAUGUCUGGCUAUGCAAAACCCAAACCUCUGAAGGAAUUUCUGGACCAUGUUCUCAUUGUUUUCUGCACACUGCUGAGGUCUGAUUACCUUCCGCCUGACUGGAUCACCAUGAGGAUGCUCACAAACAAUGUGAUAUUGACAGCAAUUCAUUAUAUUGCGGACAAUCUAACAAUCAACUUUCUGCAGGGAGCUGACUUUGACAGAGAGCUGUGGCAGCACUUUUUCCUGCUGACUGUUGAUUUCAUCUGCCAGUCUGCCUUACAACUUGAGAAGUAUUCUGAGGCCAAGAGCAGUCAGGUGAAAAGCAAAUAUGAUGAUAUGAGAGUACCAGUCGGCUUCCUCAUGUAUUCUUUGUGGAAUCAGCUGGGUUCGAACAAGCAACACUUAAUGUUGGAUCUUAUUGGCCCAUUUCUGAGAGUGACCAUGGUACCGCAGCCAGAACUGAGAAAAGCCACGAUCCCAAUCUUUUUUGAUAUUGUUCACUGCGAGUACCAGAUUAACCAGCAUGUGUGCAGGGUUGAGAAUCGAAUGGUCCAAGAACUAGAUUAUCUUGUCCUGGAACACUACGGAGACGUGGAGUACAAGCAACAAUUUCAGUCCAU